AUGGAGAACAAUAAUUAUAAGUUAAGCGACGAAGAAAAAAGUAUUCAUAACGAGAUUGAAAAUGAUAUUCCUCUUGAAGAUUCUAAUAGAUUUAGGUCAAUUGAACCUAUUCAGGAUGUCGAAACAUUGAGUGUUCAAAAUGAGUUUGAACAUGUUUUUAUUGAAGAUCCCAACGGAAUUAUGUCACAUCAAUCUAUUCAGUAUCCUGAUUCUAAUAGUGAUUUAGUAGGUGAGUAAAAAAAAAAUAAUAAUAAUAUUAUAGAUCUCGUCAUAUUAUAAGUUACACCUACACGAAAGUAAAAUAUUUUAAUUAAAAUUUUAAAAUGUUUAUAUUCAAAUAUUGAAAAUAUCUCUUUUCUGAUUCAAUCGGCAUUAGCAGAAUUGUAGAAUUAUAUCACUGAAAAUGAAUAUUUUAAUUUUAUUUCUUGCAAUAUAUUUAUGAAUAAAAUAUAAUUACAUACUGAUAGUUAUUUACAUGUUUUAAUUACAGAAGCAAAAUCAGAAACAAGCAUGAAUGACUCUGAAAGUAUUUCUAAAGAUUUAGAAAGUGUAAACAGUGAGAUCACGUCUAUAAAUAAAGAAACAAUAAAUAACCAAAUGAUUGUGCUUGAACCAGAUAAUCCUAUUAUGAUGAGAUUUCAAAAUAGAUUGAAACAACACUUAUUGAAACAAAAAGAAAAUAUCAAAAAAGAAUUACUUACACAAGUAAGUUUAUUAAUUUAUAAUUAAAUAGUUAAUUCUAUUAAGAAUAAUUGCAUAAGUAAAUUUUAAUAGGAGGGAAUAGUUAGAUUAAAACAAAAUGAAAAGUCUUCACUUAUUUUUGAAGUAAAUAAUGCAACUUUUCGAGUUGAAAAUCAGCAUAGUUUAUUGGGUGAAUUUCAUAGAAUGAAAUUGAAAUUAGAAGAAGCAAAAGAACAGGUUGAAACUUAUAUUACGCAAGGAAAAUGUCGAUAUAAUGAAAUUUCUACAAAAACUACCGAGGAAACAAAAAAACGUAGGUACCUAUUACGGAUUAAUAUAUGUUAAUCCGUAGUAUCUACAUUGAACAUAACUUAUUUUCAUUUAUACAACUACUAUGCAUAUUAUAUUUAUUUUAAUAUUUUAUAAUUAUUUAGUUACAGCUUUAAAAAGAAAGCUUGAUUGUGGUAAAGUACUUCUAAACGAACUCAUCAAGUAUGAAAAAGAACAAGAAGAUUCAUUUACUAAAUUCAAUCAAAAAAAAUCUCAAGUAAAACAGCAGAAGAAAAAAUUAUUCAAUGAACACCAAAAACAGGUGAUUUUUUAUAUUAUUUUUUUCUAUAAAAAUUUAAUUAGAUUAAAAAAAGAAAGAGAUUGUACGAUUAGACUUUGUUAUUGAUGUCUUUGAAACAAGAAAUUAUGCGAUUAGAAGAAUACUCAAAACAAUUGGGAGAACAAGCAGAAACAAAAUAUAAUGAAAGAGAAUUAUUAAAUCAAAUUGUUAUGGACAAUUCAACAGAUCUCGAUACCAUUAAUGAGGAAAAUACUAAGAUAACUUUAUUAUGGAAUGAUGUUUUAAUUCAUAUUCAACAACAAGAUAAAUCUUUUCAAAACAUAAAAAAUAAUUUCCAGUAACAAAUAUCUUAUAGUUAUUAUAAAAUUAAUUUGUUGACCUAUGCUUUAUUUCUAAUGUUUUUUAAUGUAUCGGUUAAUAAGAUAUGGUGUCUUAUAGUUAAUUAAGACAAAGCGCUAAUAAUUUGUUCGUUUAAUAUAGUUGUUUAUUAAUUGCAGCUAUAUAUUUUUUUAGGGAAGCGAAAAAUAAACAUCAUAAAAUAUUAGCCGAAUUCAAUAGCUACAACCAUAGUACUCAAGAAGAAUUUCUUAGAAAUUAUGACCUUACCAACGUUUCAAAUAAAUUAAAACGCGAACAAAUUAUUUUACAAAAUAGCUUUAAACUUUGUCUAGAAGAAUUUGAAAAUUUGAAACAAAAAUAUUCUAAGCUCAUACAAAUGAUCGAAUUUCAACAACAAAAUUUAAAUCAAGUUUUGAUUGUAUGCAUUUUAGAUAUAUUAGUAAUAAAUUCGUACUAAUCAUAAUACCAUAUUAUAAACAAAAUUAUUUCAGGAUCAAAAAUCGAUUGAAAACGAGAUAAGUUCAUUAUUAUUUACGUUAAAUAAAAAAUCAAAUGAAAAAAUUAAACACGAAGAAGAGACGUUGAGUGAAUUAAAAAAACAAAUGUUUAACGAUACCUAUUCUACACAAAUAAAUCACAAAAUAUCGGAACUGAAAAUUCUAAAUAAAGAGCAAGUAUGAUUUAUUUGACUAAAAUUAUUUAUUUAUAAUUUACGUAAUAUCCAUUGAAUUUAGGAGUUAUUAUUAGUUGGAAUUGAGAAAAAUUUGUCAGAAGCCAUACUGAAACUAGAACAAUUUCGCAACACAAGUUAUAAUUUAGAAAAAAAUAUAGAAGAAAACACAAAACGUCUAAACGAGGGAGAAAUUGCAUUAUCUGCUUUAGAUUCUGAACUAAAAAAAAUAUACACUGAGAUUAGAAAUAAAACAAGGCAAAUUGAUACAGAAUCCAAACAGUUAGAAACAUUCAAAAUAAGAAUGAAGGCAAGUCUAGUUGAUAUAUUUAAUUGAUAUUAUUCAUAUGCGUUUUUAUUUUAUUUUAGGAGGGGACUGAUAUAACGCCACAAAUGCAAAUUAAACAAGUUAGACAUACAAUCAACGAUGUUGAAAAAGAAAUUGAUUUCAUAAAAGAAUCUUGGAUUCAAAAACAAAAUCAAAAUGUUAAGUUAUUAGAUCAACGUAACAAACAAUUUAAUGAGAUCAAUGAUGUGUGCAAAUGUAUGUAAUUAUAUUUAAAAUAGAUAAUAGCAAAUAUAAAUUUCCUACGAUAUUUAUAAAAUAAACUCGUUAUGUAUUCAGACAUUUCGAUUUUGGAUACAAAGAAUGUAAAAAUAGAAUUAGAAAUUGUUUCUUUAUCCAAAGAAUCUGAUAAUUUUAAGCGAAUCCUUGCAAACCUGAGAAAUACAAUUAUGAAACUUGGCGAACAUUUUAAUGAAAAUAAAGAAAAGAGUACUCAAUUGUUAAAUGAAAAUGAAUGGAUGCAGUGUUCACAUAUAGCUGAAUUGAAGGUUUGUAUAAAUUUCAAACAAAUUUUUUUCAUAUACAAAUUUUUUGAAAUUUGUUUACAUAUUAUUAUGUUUAUUUUCAUACACCAUUGGACAACUGAUGCGUACAAUGUAACAUAGGUAAUAUAUUAUGUCUUUAAUGAUCUUAUACUAAUACAAUCAAAUAAAUGUAGGCCCUAUAAUGAUUAUAAUUUAUUUAAAAUUCACGUAUGUAUAAUAACAAAGAAGUCAUGAGUUACAUAGAUAAUUUACAAUUUAACAUUUACAAACAACUUACGAUUACUACAUCGAAAUAAAAAUAAAAAAAUUUUUUAUUUGAAAUCUUAACUCUUUAUAUACAUUAGGUCAAUCUAAGAAAUAGUAAUAAAACAUCAAAAUGCAAUAAAAUUAAUUGCGUACUGUGUGAUAUUUGUAUGUACCUAGUUUUUUAGUCGGGCAUUUAUAAUUUUAUAAAAUAUGUUGUUCAUAGUACAUACAUCUGUAUAGAAUAUAAUUAUACUAUCAAUGAUUUUUUAUUUCAUACAGGAAAAUGAAAGACAGUGUCAAGAACACAUGACUCGAUUAAAAUCAUUAAAAAAUGAAUUAGGUGAUAUGAAAAAUGCAUAUGCAGAAAAACUGCGAGAAAGUAGAUCGUGGGAUUCUAAAGUUCAAUCAAUUAUUGAAAUGAAAAAAGAAAUUCAGAAAAAAGAGGGAGAUUCGGGCGAUAUUGAUGUUAUCAAAAAUGAAAUACAUAGAAUGCAGGUAAAAUAACAAACUCGAUUACUAAACAACAUUUUUAACAAUUGCGUGAAUAAUAACAUACAAGUAAUUAUUUUAAUUAUACAUAUACGACGAUAUUUUUUUAUUAGUUUGUUAAAAAACAAAUAAUUAUAAUUCAAUUUGUGAUAGUUAUGUACAAUUUACACAAACGAACCCAUUUAUAAAGAACACUGAAAUCAAUGAAUAUUUUAUUGAAAAGAGCUCUUAUUUGACUCAACCUAAUGGUUCACUGUGCAUAAUUUUUAUACUUUCAUAAAUAUGUACCUAUUGAAUAUUAUUAAUAUACGUAUUUAAAGCAGUUCCAUUCAGAAUACACUUUUUUUUUUUUAUUUAAAUGCAUAGCUGGUUGGUUAAUUUGUAAUAAUUUCUGUUUAGAUAAGAGAAAGCCAAUUGAAAAAAAAUUUGGAAAUAAUAAUGUUAGAUUUAGAAACGUGUAUAUCAAGACGUGAAAUGAUAUAUAAUAAAGCUGCGGCCAAAGAUGUGCGGUUAAAAGGAAAAAACGAAGCCAGGCAGAAAUUCGUUAGAAAAAUGGAUGCAUUACGAUUAAAUAUAAAAAAAAUCAAAAUGGUGCAUACAUAAUAUACACCGAUUUCUAAUAUUAAUUUAUCAAUUAGAAUUAAUAUUUUACUACUUAUAAUAUGCCCCGAAUAUCAUAAUUUGUUUUACCUAGUUUCAAUCCUUAUUAUAGAUCAUUAUUCUUUUGUUAUUUUAACUGAGGCACCACCUGAAAUUUGAAAUUUAUUUUAUAUUUUGUUCAAAUUGGUACAUGUAUAUAUAUAUGUAUAAAAUACAUAUUAUUGUAUACCAGUCUUAUAAAUACGUACAUAUAUAUAUAUGUAUAUUGUUAAAAAAUUAUUUAUUCUAAAAAAGUCAAGAAAAUAUGUUCCUACUGGGAAAUCAAACUACUAGUGUCCCACUGUUUCAACUAUCAAACAUUCGAGCAAUUAUUGCUUUACAAAUAGUUACUUGAUGGACAGUAAUAAUAUAUUUGUGAUUAACUAACCAAUUGUCAAAAAUGUUCCGACAUAUUUAAGCACAUUUUAAUAUACAUGUUUUAAACCUUAAAUAAGAAUUAAUGUCUGAUUUCAUUAAAUCAAAUAUAAUGUAUAUAGUUAUUUAGUUCAAUAGCACCAUAAUAAUUAAAUCACGCUUAAAACCUAAAAUAAUUUAAAUUUAAUAAAAUUUAAUAGAAAAUUCGGGAAAUUAAAUUACAGUUAGUGUAGGAAUUGAUUUGUGUAGAAAUUUAAAUAUGGAUAUCACUUGAUUUAAAACAAAAUCAAUGUUAGUAAAUUAUUUUAAUACCUUAAUUAUAUUUAAAUAAUUUUGAUUUUUGGAAGUAAUCGGUUUUUGUUUAAUUUGAUUAGUAUUUAGUUAUACUUUGUCUAUGAUAAGUUACAACUGUUCACUUUUUGAAUUCACUCAACCCAAGCACAAGUAUUGUUUUUUGGGACAGAUUUUCUUAGAAUAUGUUGUUUCGAAAAUUAUAUUGAAUGCAUACAGAUAUAAUACAAUAUAUCAUUAUAAUAUAAUGUUUUGAUUCAAUUAUAGAUUUUAAAACUUCAUUAAUAAUUAAAAAGUAAUUCUGAAAUUUAUGUAUUUUGACAGGAAUGUAAAAAAUUAGACCGAAUUAUGAAUGAUUUAGAACACAGUAAAAUGGAAUUAGAAAGUAAAAUUGCCUAUGCAGAUGAUAGAUUAAACGAAGUUCACAAAAAUAUAAAUGAUUUAAUUAAAAACAUCGAAGAUAUUUGUGCUACAAAAACAAAAGUUUGUAUAAUGGUUUAUUUUUCAAUUUUAUAAUUUUUUGUUAAGUCAAUAAGACUGAUGAAUGAUUUCAAGUGUAGCACUUUUUUUGAAAGGAAAUUUUAUCUGGAUGGUACUUUAAGAAUGUUUAAUUUUUGAUUUUCAAAACGGGUUUCAUAAUAAUUGGGAAAAACUGGAAUAUUUACUCAACUUAUUUUUUUCAAUUUUGUAGCAAUUCAGUUCAGAUUGUUCGUAGAGACUUGAAAUUUGGACAGAAAAAUUAUAUUCAACUUUUACAGGUGUAACAAAUUUUUUAAAACAUUUCAGUAAUUUUUGAGCUAUUAUAGAGAUUUUUAUUUUGUGAGUUUUUACAUAAUUUUUAUUGAGUACUUACUCUGUAGAUAAAACAGAAAUACCUGAAAAUUUAACAGGUUCUUUAUAAGUUGUACUUUAAAACAAAACAAAAAAGUGAAAUGUUCAUUUUUUUUUAUAAGAAUUUUAAUACCAGAUACAAGUGUGAGCAAAUGGUCAAUCAGUCCUCCAGGUGAGAUAUUUAUUAAUCGACGGUUUUCACUUUAGUCUUUAAGAGUGUGAGGCAAACAGUCCACGAGUUUUAUUUUAUUUAUGUUUGCUUACUGGUUCCUCUUAGCUGUUAGAUACACUGAAGAAAACUAAUCCCUUGUUUUUUUAUACUUUAUAGUACUUAUAUUAUAUUGAUUAUCACAAAAAUUGUCGCUUGGAUGGAUAAUAAUAUAGACAACUUUAUAAACGUAAAUAGAACCUGAAAAUACAUGAGCUAAAAAUAAAUGGGUUUGAGCUCAAUAGGUUUUAAUAUUUUGGACCUACUAUUAAAUUCUAAAUUAGUCCAGAUAUCUUAGACGGGACUUAUGAUAGCUCAAGGAAAGCUACGCCUUUUUAAAAGCCCCCCAGCUAUUUACGUCUUCGGCACCAAAUAAGUUAACUUCGCUCUAAUUAUUUGUCCAAAUUUAAAUAAUUUAAACAAAUAAUUAGAAAAUAACCACACUGUAAUGAUUUUGUGAAAACAAAUUUUAAAUUAUAAAUUAAUUACUCAUUGUCGAACUAUUUUUUUUUAGAAUAUUCAUAACUUAAGUUACAAACAAAGUCAUGCAAAAUUGUUAGAUGAAGUUAAAGAAGGAAAAUACCGUCUACUUAUUCAAAAUGAAUCAAAAAUGAACGAAGUAUUUGAAGCUGAGCGCAAGAAAAAUACUGAAUUAAUAAGCGUUGCAGAAGCUUUAAAAAAUGAUUUUCCUGAUUUGGAUUUUCAACUAACACAUUUAUUAGAUAUUCUUAAGACUAUUGAAAACUAA